AUGCUCCCCCUGGCACCCCGAGGCGCCCCCCUACCCCGGUGCACCCUGUUGCAGCUCCUACUUCUGCUGGUGCAGGCCGUGGGGAGGGGGCUGGGCCGUGCCAGCCCGGCGGGGGGCCCCCUGGAAGAUGUGGUCAUCGAAAGGUACCACAUCCCCAAAACAUGUCCACGAGAGGUGCAGAUGGGAGAUUUUGUGCGCUACCACUACAAUGGCACUUUUGAGGACGGCAAGAAGUUUGACUCGAGCUAUGACCGCAGUACCCUGGUGGCCAUCGUGGUGGGUGUGGGACGCCUCAUUACCGGCAUGGACCGAGGCCUCAUGGGCAUGUGUGUCAACGAGCGUCGCCGCCUCAUUGUGCCUCCCCACCUGGGCUACGGCAGCAUCGGUGUGGCGGGGCUCAUUCCCCCGGAUGCCACCCUCUACUUCGACCUGGUCCUGCUGGACGUGUGGAACAAGGCGGACAGCGUGCAGGUGAGCACCUUGCAGCGCCCACCCCAGUGCACCCGAAUGGUUCAGGACACCGACUUUGUCCGCUACCACUACAACGGCACCCUGCUGGAUGGCACUACCUUCGACACUAGCUAUAGUCGGGGAGGCACUUAUGACACCUACAUCGGCUCCGGUUGGCUCAUCAAGGGCAUGGAUCAGGGGCUACUGGACAUGUGCCCGGGCGAGUGGAGGAAGAUCAUCAUCCCUCCGUUCCUAGCCUAUGGCGAGAAAGGCUAUGGGACCGUGAUCCCCCCACAUGCCUCGCUGGUCUUCCAUGUCCUGCUGAUCGACGUGCACAACCCUAAGGACACAGUGCAGCUGGAGACACUAGAGCUGCCGCCCGGCUGUGUCCGGAAAGCCGUGGCUGGUGACUUCAUGCGCUACCACUACAAUGGUUCCCUCAUGGACGGCACUGUCUUUGACUCCAGCUACUCCCGAAACCACACCUACAACACCUACGUGGGGCAGGGUUAUAUCAUCCCUGGCAUGGACCAGGGGCUGCAGGGUGCAUGCAUGGGGGAACGCCGGAGGAUCACCAUCCCUCCACACCUCGCCUAUGGAGAGAACGGGACAGGAGACAAGAUCCCAGGCUCUGCUGUGCUGAUCUUUGACGUGCACGUCAUCGACUUUCACAACCCUGCGGACCCUGUGGAGGUGAAGACGCUGUCUCGAGCCACUGAAAGCUGCAAUGAGACGUCAGGGCCCGGGGACUUUGUCCGCUACCAUUACAACUGUUCUCUGCUGGAUGGCACCCGUCUCUUCUCCUCCCAUGACUACGAUACCCCCCAGGAGGCGACUCUGGGGGCUAACAAGGUGAUCGAAGGUCUGGACACUGGCCUGCAGGGCAUGUGCGUGGGAGAGAGGCGGCAGCUCAUUGUACCCCCACACCUGGCCCACGGGGAGAGUGGAGCACGGGGCGUCCCAGGCAGCGCUGUGCUGCUGUUUGAGGUCGAGCUGGUAUCCCGGGAGGAUGGACUCCCUCCUGGCUACCUCUUUGUGUGGCAUGAAGACCCUCCUGGUAAUCUGUUUGAAGGCAUGGACCUCAACAAGGAUGGCGAGGUCCCCUUGGAGGAGUUCUCCACCUUCAUCAAGGCUCAAGUCAGUGAGGGAAAAGGACGACUGAUGCCCGGGAAGGACCCCGAGAAAACCAUUGGCGACAUGUUCCAGAACCAGGACCGCAACCAGGAUGGCAAGAUCACAGCAGAAGAGUUGAAGCUGAAGUCUGAUGAGGAUCAGGAGCGGGUCCAUGAGGAGCUCUGA